AUGUCUCAUACACCAGAUCAACAAACAUUAGUGUUGAAGAUCUUGUCAUACAAACCACACCAAUACUAUGAAAUUCUACAAGUAACCAAAAGUUCAAGCGAGUCCGACAUUAAGAAAUCCUACAGAAAAUUAGCUAUCAAAUUACAUCCUGAUAAGAAUCCACACCCUAAAGCAGAUGAAGCAUUCAAAAUCGUCAAUAAAGCCUGGGGUGUAUUAAGUGAUCCACAAAAGAAAAGAAUAUUUGAUGCUACAGGAAGUGAUCCGGAUGCUAGAUUCAAUCCAAGUAUGUCUAGUAAUACAGCUAGAACAUCAGGAAUGAAUUCAAGAUUCGGUACAGAAGAAGUUUUCAAUGACGAUAUUUUCGAAUUUUUCUUUGGUAACCAGGGUGCUAGAGGAUUUGGUGCAGCAGGAGGAGGUCCACAAACUUUUACUUUUGGUAGUAAUGGAUUCACUUUCCAAUCAUUCGGAGGUGCAGGAGGUCCAGGUUUCGGUUCUGCUAGACCAAGGCAAAGACAAAGAGCUUCAACACAGCCAGAAGAUACCAACAUAUAUACAACAUUGAAGCAAUUAUUGCCCAUAAUAUUUUUCGUAUUAAUAUCAAUUAUACCAUCAUUUUUCUCAGAAAGUAGUAUACCUGAUUAUUCUUUCAAUAAAACAUCCAAAUUCAAUUAUGAAAGAUCAACACCAAAUUUGAAAAUUCCCUUCUUCGUCAAUGAAAAGUUUAUGAAUAAAAAGAAUUACACCAAUCAACAGUUGAAAAACUUUGAUUCCAAGGUCGAAAAUUUAUUCAUACAAGAUAAAAGGGCCAAAUGUUCUAAAGAACAAGUCAUCAAAAAUGAAUUAAUUGAUGAAGCUCACGGUUGGUUUUCCACUGACCAAGAAAAACUUAAAAGAGCACAGAAUUAUCCAAUGCCAAACUGUCAAGUUUUAAGACAUUACAAUUUGAUUUAA